ACUUAUUCCUAACCUCGCAUAUUUUAAAAAUUGACAAGUGACGUUAGUUGACGUUUGGAUUUGUUUGUGUUGUUGUUAUUAGAGAAAAUUUGAAAAUUUAUAGUUUUGCUUUCUAUUUUAUAAAAACUGUACCCAGGAUAAAGUUUUCCGAUGUUUAAUUGAGUCGUGGGAGCGUAUAGAGGCAAAAUGAACGGCCCAAUUACGUUUAGCGACCGUAUAGAGGACUAUGAAGUGCACAAAUUACUGGGUAAAGGAGGGUUUGCUUCGGUUUAUCAAGCAAGAUGUAAAAAGACAGGAAUUGAUGUGGCAAUUAAAAUGAUUGACAAAAAACUUAUGCAAGCCGAAGGUAUGGUUGGACGGGUACAGCAAGAGGUCUCAAUUCAUUCUCGCUUAAAGCAUCCAUCGAUAUUGGAACUGUUCACCUUUUUCGAGGACAUCAAUUAUGUUUACCUUAUUUUGGAGUUGUGUCAUAAUGGGGAACUGCAGCAGUAUAUUAAAAGAAUGACAUUAACAGAAAUGGAAGUUGCAAAUAUAAUGAAGCAAGUUGUUGAAGGUAUAAAAUAUUUACAUUAUCACAACAUCUUACAUAGGGAUAUAUCCUUAUCGAAUCUUUUGCUGACCAAAGAUAUGCAAGUUAAAAUCGCAGAUUUCGGCUUGGCCACCCAAUUGACCCGCCCAGAUGAGAAACACCGAACCAUGUGCGGGACACCCAACUUUAUUUCUCCAGAAGUGGCGACCAGAGGCUCCCACGGUCUAGAAGUGGACGUGUGGGGACUCGGCUGUUUACUUUACACCCUUUUAGUCGGAUCCCCACCUUUUGACACCAAUGGUGUGAAAAGUACAUUGACCAGAGUAGUUAUGGCCAGUUACACUCUGCCCAAUCAUUUGUCUCACGAAGCCAAAGACUUGAUCAAUGCACUGCUGCAGAAGAAUCCCAAAGAUCGUAUUGGAUUAGAGCAGAUCCUGGAUCAUCCAUUUAUUAAAAGGGGUGCUGUUUUAACCAGCAAUCUCACCCAUGACAGUGGCAUACAUACCAUGUCAAGCCGAAGAGAGAGCGCCUUUAGCGAAGGUCUUCUUCUACAAAACACCAACUCCCAUAUGCUCCACUCACGAAAGGCGAGCAGCGAUUGUUACCCGAUAGAAUCGCAGUUUCAACCCGGUCGAUUAACUCACAGCAUGGAGUACGUCAACUUUAAUAAUAAUAAUAAUUAUCAGCAGUCAAAUAGAGAGGGGAUGUUUUCGAAUUGCGGUUCGAAUUGCGACCCAGUAAGCCGAUGCAGUUAUAGAGAUAUUCCCGCUAGUAUCAGCCAGUGUAGUAAUCAUCGCUAUCAUCCGAACGAUCCUGGGGGAGGAAACAAUAUAUUGAACGGCAUCCCGACCAAAUCGUCACCGCUACUCUCAGAAUGCUCGUCCCACCUGGACGUGUUGCCCUCGUUAAGUUCCAACCCGAAAAACGUGUUAAAUUCCCUGGAAAACCUUCGGAUAUCCCCGGACCCGGUACCCAGAUACCAGGGCACCGAGAAAUCGGAGAAAGGAAUCCAAAAGUCGCAAUCUCUAAUGCAACUUUGCUCCCAACGGUUACUACCCACCAGACACCAAACGAAAAAUGCGAUUUUAUGUAUACAAAACGACGGCGAAGUUACCGUGGAGUUUAUUAAGAAGAAGGGCAGCUUAAAGAAGGAGGUGGUUUGCGAGAUUAUUCGAAUAUCCCCGGACGGGAUGAGGAUAGUGAUGUACGAACCGGAAGGGGGCAGGGGAGUCGCUCCUUCCCACGAAACGCCCCCGUUACCCGUCCACGGGGCGGACAAAAUUUACAGCAUCGAAAACUUACCGGAGAAACACUGGAAAAAGUACAUGUACGCAUACAAGUUCGUCGAAUUGGUCAGAGCGAAAACGCCAAAGGUCACCUAUUAUAGCGACAAGGCCAAGUGUUUGCUCAUGGAGAACCUGACCGAUUUUGAAGUUUGUUUUUACGAGGGUGGAAAAGUGACUCAGACAACUACAGAAGGCACCACCUUAACCGACUCCGUCGGCCGUAAAUUUAAUUUUCGUUCGAAAAGCGAAUGUCGAAAUUUGUCGGGCACGUUCGAACUGAUGUGGAAACACACCGAGGAGUGUUUCGAACACUGUCUGCUAUUGGAGCGUACCUUGUCACGUUUACAAGGCAACAAUUUUCCAAUUAUUGUCGGCAGAAGACCGUCUUCGAUUGCAAGCAAUUGCGGAAAAGAGAAUAUUUCAAAGUCCGCUAUGCCCUCUUUCUCUAUGAACAGUUCGACUCCGAGCAGCGCUUUCGGAUUAACGAAUAAUAAGGAGAAACGCGUUUCGGUACCCGGGGUCGGUACCGCCGUUCAGCUCCCCAAUGGUGAGGUCAGGGUUAAAUACCAUGACGGGUCUCAACUGUGGGUGGACGGUAAACAUCACGUAAAGUACCAGUACCCAGACGGUCAGGUGGUGAACUAUAGGGACACAGACAGUAUACCAAAGUCGAUUAUGGACAAGAUGCAAUUGAUGCCUAAAGUUGUCAAACACCUGAGCACUCCGUUAGUCGCCAAGCAAAUGCAGUACUUGAGAUAGCAAAAACUCACUUUACGUAAUUGUAGAUAUUUUCGAUUUUUAUAUAAAAGGAAAAUAAUUAAUGUUUGACCUUACAGGCAGUAUUGUUUAGUUUUAUCAUUCUUAAGUUAUACGAAAAGUUGUUAAGUUAUUUUUUUUUAAUUUUAAUUAUAAUUCGAACUGUGGUGAAAACAUUAAAUUUUAUGAUUCAGUCCAAAAAAUA